AUGCCACUGGAGAUGGGACAGCCUCUAGUCCAGGUGCCACCACUGGCAAAGCCAGAAGAUGCCCCACUCUCUGGACUAGGUGCUGCCCCUCAAGGGGAACUGUGCAGCCUUGAAGAUGCCCGGCAGCUUUUCAGACGAUUUCAGUACCAGGUGCUGUCUGGGCCUCAUGAGACCCUGAGGCAACUGCGCAAGCUCUGUUUCCAGUGGCUGCAGCCAGAGGUUCACAGCAAAGAGCAGAUCCUGGAGCUCCUCAUGUUGGAACAGUUCCUGACCAUCCUGCCUGGAGAGAUCCAGACGUGGGUGCGCACACAGAAUCCCAGCAGUGGAGAGGAGGCUGUGACUCUAGUGGAGAGCUUGAAGGGCGAGCCACAGAGACUGUGGCAGUGGAUCAGCAGCCAGGUUCUGGGACAGGAAAGCUCACCUGACGAAGUGGAAUCUUCAAGCUGCCAAGUGAGGGAGGUAGAGGCCAGUCUUGAAGUGAUGUCUCAGGAGCUGGGACUUGAGAAUUCAGCCUCAGGGCCUGAGGAGCAACUGAGCCACAUCAUCAAAGAGGAAGCUGACACUGAGCCGGAGUUAGUGAUGGCUGCUCCUCAGCUUCUUCCUAGACCUGAGGAAAGGCUCAUCAGCGACCAGGACUCUGAAGGCUUCCUUCUUCAAGCAUCAUCUCAGGAGCGGUGGAGGGACAUGGAUUCUACUCAGAAGGAGCACUACUGGAACCUCAUGCUGGAGAACUAUGGCAAUAUGGUCUCAGGAGGCACAUCCAGUCCCAAACCUGACCCAGCUAAUUCAGCAGAGUAUGGUGAAGAGCUGGCAGGACUCCCCGUUCAUUCCAGCGAGAAGAUCCCAGUACCCACCUUCAGCGGAGACAGACAAGAGAAUGGCCAAGAGAACCUCAACUUGGAAACCUACUGGAACCAGGAACCUCCAGAUGCCCCUUGUCACAUCUCAGAAAAGGCCCCUCCUCAGGGUUCUUUGAAUGACAUCUUUGGUGAUGCUGAACAAAGAUGCUUUGGAAAAGGUCAUUAUCUCCCUAAGGUACAGGGACACCUUCAAGAUGAGGAGAGACGGGAACCGCUUACUCCUCAGGAAAAGGUUUCUGGGGAACAGUUGUACCAGUAUUUGCAUGAUUCUCACCCAAGAAGUCUGUCUGGGUUGUUGCUCAAGCAGAAACAAGAGGCCCCCCAGAAGGACCAGCUGAGACCUCCUAUGACCCAGAAAUUCUUCACCUGCAGAGAGUGUGGGAAAACCUUCUAUAGGAACUCUCAGCUUGCAUUUCACCAGAGAACUCAUACUGGAAAGACAUAUUUUCAGUGCCCCACUUGCAAGAAAGUCUUUCAGCAGAGUUCAGACUUUGUGAAGCAUCAGAGAAUUCACACCGGGGAGAAGUCUUGGAAGUGUGAUCACUGUGGGACAAGCUUCAGGGACUUUUCUGGAUUACGUCACCAUGAGAAAAUCCACAUGGGACAGAAAGCAUAUAAGUGUCCUUUCUGUGACAAGAGAUUUGGCAGUAGGUCCACCUUAAAUGGACACCAGCUGGUCCACAAAGGAGAGAAGCCCUAUAAAUGUCCUCUCUGUGAAAAUAGUUUUGGCAGCAGGUUAGCCUUAAAUAUACAUGAGCGGGUCCACACAGUAGAGAAGCCGUAUAAAUGUCCUCUUUGUGAAAAGAGUUUUGGCCACAGAUCUGCCUUAAAGAUACAUGAGCGUGUCCACACAGGAGAGAAGCCCUAUAAAUGCCCUCUCUGUGAAAAAAGUUUUUGUCGGAGAUUCACCUUAACUGUACACAAGCGGGUCCAUACAGGAGAGAAACCCUAUAAAUGUUCUCUGUGUGAAAAGAGUUUUCGCCUCAGAUCCACCUUCAAUAUACAUAGGCGGGUCCACACAGGAGAGAAACCCUAUAAAUGUCUUCUCUGUGAAAAGAGUUUUACUCAGUCGGCCCAUUUUAAUAGACACCAGCGAGUUCACACAGGGGAAAAACCCUAUAAAUGUUCUCUCUGUGAAAAGAGUUUCACUCAGAUAGCGCACUUUAAUAGACACCAGUCGGUCCACACUGGGGAAAAACCCUAUAAAUGUCCUCUCUGUGAAAAGAGGUUUGGGAACAGGUCCUACUUAAAUAGACACCAGCGAAUCCACACAGGAUAG